CGCUCAUUCUCCAUCUUCACUCACUUCUCACACUCGCUACGCGUCUUCUCGUCAAUGUCGGCGUCCGGGCAUGAUUGCGCGAUCAUGCCUUGUCCGACGGACUCAUCCUCCCUCACAAUGUCUUCCGCCGUGCUCGCGACGACAUUUCCAUCCCUCAACAUCUCUAAAGGCUGAAAUGGCCAACCACUACGAGACGCUGAAUGUACCGACCAAUGCUACUGCUAAGGAGAUCAAGAAGUCCUUCUACACCCUCUCCAAAGCCAACCAUCCUGAUCUCCACCCGAACGACCCAUCUGCCUCACAACGCUUCGUCAAAAUCUCCGAAGCUUAUGCAACACUCGGCUCUGCUGAAAAGAAACAGCGCUACGAUCGUGACUUCUUCCGCAGUGAUGCCUCUUCUGGUGCUGGAGGCGGUCCAUCAUAUGCCUCCGGCUCUCACUCCUCCCAUAUGGCCGCUUCUGGACCCGGCGGCCGCAGUCCUAGUGGUCUCAGUCGCCGGCGUACACAAUUCAAAGGUCCGCCUCCAUCAUUCUAUCGGAAUGGUGCUUGGGGUGAUUUUGGCGCAAAAAGACAGGAAGCUUCCGAGCGAGCGUCACAUACCCACGAAGCGCAAGGGCGCGCUGCUUCGAAUCCGCAGGGUGGAGGUAUGGGACCGGGAGGUUUUGCGCAGGGGCUGGACGAUGAUGUGCCGCAUUUCGAUGCGCGAGGGCAUUUCAAGACUCAUGAGCAGAUUCAGAGGGAAAGAGUGGAGAGGAAUCGGGUAAGAGCGAGACUGAGGAGGAAACAAGGAGCAAGUUUUGAUGAUGUGGGCGGUGGUAGCAUGUUGGUGAAUUUCUUCGUCGUGGGAGGUGUUCUAGGUGGGAUCGCGGCCUUGACGGGGCUGUUCAACGCGAAGGCAACGUCAGGGAGUGGAAGUGGAGUAGCAGGGAGUGCGAAUGGAAAUGGGAAGAAGAAGGUGGAGGCGGGAAGCUGACAGGAUGUGCUGAGAUGAAGCAUAGAGAAGUCACAAGAAGCACUAUAAAGCUGGCAGAAGACAUACCCCAGAGAACAGAAACAUGCAACUGCAUAGCGAAGGAGCUACAGUUCACGUAAUCCUAGCAAAUUCCGGCCUGCAAAAGCUGUCUCUCACUCAGCUUCGCAAGUCCCAGAGGAACGAGUUAGUGGAGAUGCCAAUCUACGCCGAAGACAACAAUGAUCACGACGAGCAAUAGUCCCCUUUGUGCCGGAGACUAUAGCUGUAUCUACACGGCUAGCGAC